AUUUUAGAAUCAAGGAAAUAAAUAGACAUUUCAGCUAAGCCAGUAUGGGACUUUUAAAGAAAGAUAUUUAUACUCUUUCUUAAAAUGUGCAUUUGUAGUGCUCAGUUUAUUUCUAUAAUGACAGCAGGGUUUACUGCAGUCGGCCCUCAGUAUUCCUGAGUUUGGCAUCUGUACAUUCAGCCAAUAUUAGGAAAAACAAGUGUCUGUACUGAACAUGUCUAGACUUUUUUUUCUUGUCAUUAUUCAAUUACAUGUAACAACUACUGACAUACCAUUUAUUUUGUAGUAGGUAUCAUUAAUCUAGAGAUGAUACAGACUUAAGAGUAUUUGGGAGGUUGUAUGUAGGUUAUACGCAAAAUACUAUGUCAUUUUUUUAAUAAGGGACUUGACUACCAGAGGAUUGCUUGAGCCCAGGAGUUGAAGACUAGCCUGGGCAGUAUAGUGAGACCCCAUUUCACUCACAUGCAAAACGAUGUAUAAAAGGUUCUUGCAUCCUCAGAGAGACCUGGGACCAAUCCUCAAUGGAUACUGAGGGGACAGCUAUAUUUCUAAUUCAUUUUUACUUCUAUAUUUAAAAUGCUGUGCAAAAAUUAGCUGGGUGUGGUGGCACACACCUGUAAUCUCAGCUACUCAGGAGGCUGAGGCAGGAGAAUUGCUCGAACCCAGGAGGCAAAGGCUGCAGUGAGCUGAGAUUACGCCACUGCACUCCAGGCUGGGCGACACAGCGAGACUCCCUCUAUCAAAAUAAAAUGCUCUGUAACUGUCCUGAAAGGUUUGUGUGAUAAUUAUUUUUUACUGAAAAACAACUUUAAUCGGUAUAUUCUAAUUUUAAACUUAAUGUUUACUGGCAACAACUAGAAUGACUAUUAAUGGAUUAAUAUGAAAGUGAGGGCGAUUGGAAGGUGAGGCGGUCCCGGCGUUCUUGCGUCCCAGGUGAUAGUGAAGUGCUCACCAGUUGCCACUGGACAUAAUUGAAACAAAAUAGGAAAAUUGCAGCAAACUCUUCAGGAAAAGGUUUUCAAAACAAGUUGCAAUCUUGGCAGAACUGGACAAAGAGAAAAGAAAACUACUUAUGCAGAACCAGUCUUCAACAAAUCAUCCUGGAGCUAGCAUUGCACUCUCGAGACCCUGUCUUAAUAAGGACUUCCGGGAUCACGCUGAGCAGCAGUAUAUUGCAGCCCAGCAGAAGGCAGCUUUGCAGCAUGCUCAUGCACAUUCAUUUGGAUACUUCAUAACUCAAGACUCUGCAUUUGGGAACCUGAUUCUUCCUGUUUUACCUUGCCUUGACCCAGAAUGAGGAAAAUAUUUGUGAUGGAAAAGUGACUUUGUAAUAUCAAAUGCCAAAGCUACUGUCAUUCAGUGCUAGAUGAACUGUGACUUUCAGAAUUUUGGUGAACUUUGAUAUUUUUUGUUUGUUAAAGGAAUGUGUAAGUGAAAGCGGAAAGAAGGGUAACCAGGAUGAUGAGAGCUGUGGAGGCUGUAUCGUCCAAGGAAUUGAUUAUGUACCGUGACUAACUUUUUUGUAAUGCUGUUUAACAGUAGUCAGACUCUGAACUGGAUGGUCACAAAAACAUUCCCCAACCCCUAGCAAGUUUGACUGAAUAUAUCAUGUCCACAGUAGAUUUCCAAGAAUCAUUUAUAGUACUUAACUUUAAAGAAACAAGAGUACUUUUAAAAAAUGAACCAAUAAGCUGCAAUCCGUUACAUCCAUAUUUGCUAUUUAUAGGAUUGGUGUCAGUGUACUUUUGAGUUUACAGUCAACAUAUAUCAUCCUAAAAUAUUCUUUAUGAACUCAUAACUACUUCCCCCUUUCUCAGUGUAAAACAAACCCCAAGAAUAAAUUACUAACCAGUCUUAACCAUCUUCUAUAAACAUAUUCCCUUAUAAAUGAUGUGACUAAAUGCAAUUAAAAAUAAUAGAAAAAAAAAGAAA